GUGCGCGGCAAAAAACGGAACUUUGGUCUCAGAACAAUCGCUGAUGCCAACCCACGACUAAAUGUCUGUCGUUGGAUCAGCACUCUCGCCUGCAGUGUUUGGAGUGCUCGUGGCGCCGUUCCGUGGUCGGGACUGCGAGAAUGACAGACUGGUCGCUUUGGCGCCAAAUUUGACCGCGAUCGGACACGAACCCGGCGUCGCUGCUGCCGAGCGGGCAUCAUGGACGCUAGACCAGCAUUCAGAACAUGCAGAUGCAUUGUCACAGCCACUCCGGUGGUCGGACACGCGGCUGUGCGAGUCGAUUGCAGCCACAUUGCGUCAGAGCGUUCAUGACCCGUCGCCAGCAACCACCGACACGGCCAUUCUGAGAAGUGCGGCAUUGCAAUUGAGUCAAACCAUUGCUCAAAUUCCAGCUCCGACCGCUAGCCAAGUCGCGAGGCUCAGACAAGGACUUGAAUGGAUGUCUCAGCAUCAGGUGAUACACGUUUCUCUGGACGCGUGGAUGGGCAACACGUUUGCCUCUGCCAAAAUGGCCUGCGCUCUGGCUAUGACUGCGCAUCUCGAGCGAUCUUUAGCAGAUGUCUGUCGGUGGCAAGGCGGGACAAGACCGCUGUUGUUUCGAGAUUUGCUGCUGGUGCCUGAACUUGUCGAGGUUUUUGGGCCAGAUACCAUCUUUUUGCUCCGAGUGCUGUUAGGCCCACCUGCAGGAUUGAAUCUGCGCAACAUUAUCUGGCAUGGAUUUCUGACUGUUGACGAGCUCGCAGCGCCACUCGUCUGGUUUCUCGUUGCCCUUUGUGGCCAGCUGGGGCAGCAGCUGAAAAGCCACUCCCAGACGUGUUCAUUUGUUGCAACUCACGCCAGCGAACUGAAAUCCUUUGCUGCGUACAAUGACGCACUCAUGCAGUCGUUCCCCGCAACCGUGGAGUUUCCCCUUGAUGAUGCUCGAAUGGGAAAUGACGCCGUUCUGCUGCUUCAAACCAGCACGCUGCCGUUUUCGCGGUACUUCGGUUCCAUUCUUCUUCUUCCGCAGCUGGAACACGCCUUGCGCAUCAGGUUUGUUGAGACCAACAACUGUCCUGGCAGGCUCCUCACCGCCGAGCCCGACGAGCUGUUUACCACGUUUACCGAGAUUCUGAGCACGUCCUCGACAAAUCUGCUGGUUGAGCAUCUGCCACGACAAUUGCUGGAGCUCUUGCUGGAUUUGCUCGUGUGCCAAACAGGACCGCGCAUCCGCGAUCGGGUAUCGCACGGAGAUGCCGAUGUCAGCAGCAUUACUGAUGGUGUUGCUCGAGCGCUCUUGAAUCUGGUAAUCAGCUUGCAGUCGCCCGAGUCCAAGUCGCUCGAAAGCUAUCGCUCCCUUUAUCACCCACUAGUUGCGGUCGAAGACAGCAUCAGCGAUGGAAUUGAGGCAAUCCGGCAAUGCUCAGUUCGGUGGACGGAGGCACUUCAGCAUGGAUUGACACUUGGAGAAAAUGCCAUCGAUUUCGAGCUGUUGCUGAUGCAGUAUCAAGAGUCGUCUGCUUGUGCAGACAUUCAUGUGGCGUGGCAAUCUCUUUCGGAACAUUUGGAGCUGACGUUCGGGCUUCGUCCGCUAGAGCCGAUACCCCCAAGCGAAAUGCAGCCAGAGUCGCUCCUCGCUUGGUGGCCUGUUCGGACUCUCCGGCCAUCGCUCGCCGUGCACAACUCUAAUCACAUGGAGGUCGCCCAAACUUUUCGACUCGCUGCGUGCACCAUCCCAGUGAUGCUCGACGCGAUCAAUUCUCAUAUUUCGUUGCGAUUCAUGGAGAGAAAUCCCGAAACGUUGAAUCGCGGACAGUGGCAGACUCUGAUGGCCUGCUUCACGGCGCUUCCAGCGCUUACAAAUGCAUGCGCCGUGUAUCUCGCGUUCGUCAGUGUGUACUUGUUUCGACUGAGACAGCGCCUGCCCCAAACGCGCGCCGCAACUGACCUCUUGUCCAAAGUCGCCCGAGCAUCACUAAGGCUGUUCGAACGAGCGAAAGCACGCAGCCUUGGAAAUCGAUUUCCAGAUGCAGUCCAGGCCGUCCUCGAGCUCGUUCAGACACUCCCAGUGCACCUUCAAGGAUGUUUAUUGCUAAUGCAAGGCGAAAUACAAUCGCAAUAGCCCUGCAUGCAGCUCUUUCACUUCAGCAUGUUUUUUUUUUUUUAACUCUAAUUCUUCUAAUUUACACUUGCAUGAAUAAUUCACACCAUUUGGC